CAACUUUAUUGGAUUUCAACACAACCAAAGAUUUAAAUGAUUAGAAAAUUUAAUUCAAAGAAAACCUUGUAUUAAAUUAUAGAGUUGAUAAUGGAUUUAAAAUCAUAUAGGGAAUUUUCAAUUACAGACAUUAGAGAGUGAUAGAACUGUUGAUACAUAUGUCUAAACAUGCAAAUUGACUUUUAUAAAUCAUCUUGAAGUGUGUUUAUAAAAUUACUAACUCUUUUUUAUUCAGUAAACUAAUACAUGAAGCAUUAUGAAAUUUCAACAAAUUAUUAUAUGCAUAAACAAAUAGAUAAUUCAAAUGAGAAUUAAUUCCAUAA